ACAGUUGUAAAGUCGUUGAAUUGCAGCGUGCGCGUGUAGUAGGCAGCAGUUGACCGUAGUGUGGAGUGUUUAUGAAAAGUUAAGAUACGAUGGAAGAAGAACUAUGUUGUCCGGCUUGUAAACAAUUUUACAGUAACCCAGUGUUACUACCGUGUCAUCAUUCUUUAUGUUUACUUUGCGCUAUACAUUUACAACAACCGGCCAACAAUCACAACACAACAUCGACCUUAAAUUCCGUACCAGAAAACGCCGAAAGUGUUACUUCUGGAAGUUCUGGAGACUAUCAGGAAAGCGACAAACUCUCGAUAUUAAGCGAAACAGAUAGUGGGGUAAUAUGUGCAUCUCGGCCUAACAGUUUUAUCGAAAAUAAUUUAACAGUAUCAAGUACUCUUAGUGUCACUUGUCCAGUGUGUCAUAAACUUGUUUAUUUUGAUGAAAAUGGUGUCCACAAUCUUCCUAAAUACCGAAUUAUGCAUAACAUUGUCGAAAAAUAUAGCGAACUCAAAAACUUAGCAUUAAAAUGUCAAAUGUGUGAAACCGAGCCGGCUAACGAUGCUACUGUUAUGUGUGAGCAAUGCGAAGUAAGGUAUUGCACUUCUUGUCGCGAAUCUUGCCAUCCUUCUAGGGGACCUCUAGCAAAACACGUUCUAUCCGACCCCAAGAAAGGUUUAAGCAGUUCUACUAAAGGUAAAACGGGAAAUUGUCCCGAACAUGUCGAAGAAACUCUUAAUAUGUUCUGUUCCGUGUGUAAGAUUUGUGUUUGUGCUCUCUGUUUACUAGACAGUAGGCACAUGUCUCACGAUGUACAACCAGCGACCGUCAUCUGUAAAAUACAAAAGACCGAUUUGUCUCACAAUUUACAACAGUUAUCAGAGCGAGCUCGUGCGACUACUGAAUUUAUUCAGCAAUUGAAGGGACUUAACGAGGAGAUAGAGCACAACUGUGAUGAUUUCGAAAAUAUCAUAUCAGGACAAUGUCAAGUAUUAAUAGAAGCAAUUCACGAAAGGCGGAACAACUUGAUCGAAUUCAUCCGACAAGAGAAAGAAAUGAGGAAAGGAGUCUUGAAAGAUCAAGCGGCCACAUGUACUCAAAGGUUACAACAUACUACGGCGUUGCUGCAAUUUUGUAUUGAGGCUUUGAAAGAAACGGAUAGUUCGUCGUUUUUACAGGUUGGUUCGAUGUUAAUCAAUCGAGUCAUGGAUACUGAUCAUUCAUGGCAAAAAGAAUGGUCAGUUCCACAAGUAUCACCGCAAUUUGAACUCACGCUAGAUGACGCGCCUGUUCUUACUGCCAUUAAACAACUGAAUUUCAUUCAGACCAAGCCUCCAGUGGCUCCUAUCAUUAUCCCAGAAGAAUGUAAUGCUGAAAAUAAUUCUGUUACAGUAGCUUGGCAACCUCCUAAUCUGAGUCACGUUGAAGGUUAUGUUUUGGAAUUGGAUGAUGGAAAUGGAGGGGACUUUAGAGAAGUUUAUUGCGGAAAUGAGACUAUAUGUACUGUGGAUGGAUUGCACUUCCGAAGUUUAUACAACGCAAGAGUUAAAGCUUUUAAUAGUACCGGAGAAGGAGAAUACAGUGAACUCAUUGGACUGCAAACUGCUGAUGUGGCAUGGUUUACAUUUGACCCCGUUCUCUCGGGUCCCGGCUUACAAUAUUCAGAGAACAAUACUAGAGUAACAGGAGAAGGCUGGGAGCACCGAAUCGCAUUAGGAAGCGUUGGAUUUAGUAGAGGACUGCACUAUUGGGAAUUUACUAUAGAAAAAUAUGAUACGGACACAGAUCCUUCUUUUGGCGUAGCAAGAAUCGACGUUACAAGGGAUAAGAUGCUAGGUAAAGAUGAUAAAGGAUGGGCUAUGUAUAUCGACAAUCAACGAUCUUGGUUUCAACAUGCGGGGGCACACGAACAAAGAGUAGAAGGAGGAAUACAAAUAGGUUCAACUGUUGGAGUUCUCCUUGAUCUGGAACAACAUACUUUAUCAUUCUACGUAAACGAAGAGCCACAAGGCAACAUUGCAUUCAGAGACUUAUACGGAGUAUUUUAUCCUGCAGUUAGCAUUAAUAGAGGUGUCAGCAUCACAGUACACACUUCAUUAGAGCCGCCUUCUGACUUAGAUGAAACACAAUAAGACUGAAUAGGCAUAUUUAAAUUUUACAUUGUGAGAAGAAUAGGGGGUUGGCCUAUUUGUAAAUGGUUGUUUCAAUAUAGUUUUUAUUAAUAUAUUUAAAUUAUACAUUUUUCUAUUAUAUGUGUGAAAUUUACAUCAAAUUCAAAAGUGGAAUAUUUUGAUCACUAUGAUAAAUAUAUUUAGCCAUCAACUAAAAAUGUAAUUUCGUACUAAUGCUGAAUUCUGAGUUUGAGCGUCACUUAUGGUCUCGUGUUACAAAUGUAAUACAGUGUAAAGCAUCAAAACGAUAGAAAGAAAAAACUAUAUAAAGUAAUCAGUCCUGAUAGUAUCAAUAUAUUUACCAUUUGUCCGUUGUUUACUGUAUACAUGUAAUUUCAAAAAGCAUAAAUUAUCAAUUAUAAAUAAUAUUACUGAUAACAAUAUGUCAUUGAAUUUGAAGUUAGUGAAAAGCAGUGAAUUCACCUAGAAGCAAAAAGAAUUGUAGCUGUUUUUUUUUAUUUAACGAAGUAUAUUACAGAAAACAGACAAAAAAAGUUUUCGUCAAAUUACGACAUGAGCAUGAUUUAUUUGAGACUAUAUUUUCUACUCUUUAAGUUCAUAUCAAGAUAAACUCAAAGAUUCAGAAUAUCAGUAAUUGGAUUUGAAAAUUGCUGAGUUUAGUAGGUUUCUGUAGAAAAAAGCUAGGCUAUGUUUAGUUUUGACGAUUGAGGCUCUUUACACUUGACACUACACCUACUUCAGAUGGCUUUCUGGCCUAAUUGUUAUUACAGUGGGUCGAAGGACAAUGUGUAAUUCUGCUAUAUGGACAGUUUAAACGGGAAGAAAUGUCCCAGUAUUAAGGUGCCGACAGUAUACUAUUUUCUCUCUCGUUCCAAAUAACUCGUGAAGGUUAUGCAUGCUUGAGAAUGCGCAGAACCUAUCUGAAACCUCGGAGGAUAGAGAAAUCGUUGACGUUCUGUUUUCCUUAGUUGGAACAGCUUUCUCUUAUAGAAACUGUCAAUAUAGAAGUAUUACAUAUGUGGAGGCAGAUAGGUCGCCAUAUUCAGUACCAGCUUAGGCGCCAAAUUCAAAUAGCGAAUUAAAUACAUUUGAAAUCAGAAGUGUAUAAAAUAAAAUAAUGAAAUGAUAAUUCGUGUGAAAACUAAUGAAUCAAAAUUUUUAUUUUUAUAAAAGUAAAUCACAAAUAGGUUACUAAAAUAAUUGUAUGAAAAAUCAAAAGUAGUAUAAAUAAAAAUAGUAUAAAGGUAAAAAUUUAUUUUUAAAAUAAAAUCUAGAAGUAAAAAUAAUAUUUUCUUUUUCAAUUAAUAUGUCACUAAAAUAAAUCACCUGUAUCAUUACUAGUUUGUAUUGAAAAUAUAGUAGGAAGAGCGUUACUUUUCAAUUUAUUCUUAUUAUAUACUCUGUCUUUCUCCCUAUAAUCACUAUAAAAAACAAGUUCUUUUAAUAUUGGACAUCAAUUGAAAAAUAAAAGAUAACAUAGUAUAGUAUCAUCAUAUUUUCAUUUGCUGAAUCUCCAGGAGUCCAAUUAGGGUCUUUUCCAUUAAGUUGAACACAAUUUAUUCUCCACAAACUAAUUCCAUUCUUAUUUUUACCUCCAGGAGCAUAACACUUUGACAUUUUUAACAAAUAUUUUAUGCUAAUAGUGAAAUAUCAAUUUUUACUCAAUCAGAUUUGUUUACACACAAACACACACUUAUGAUCACAACACUGUAACCGAACCUACGUCUGUGUAAAUUAGGGUACUGAAUAUGGCGAAACCAAUCAGAAAGCGGCACACUGUCCCGCGACCCACUGUAUUUAUUACCAUGUAACCGUAUUUGACGGUUGAAUGUAACAUCGAGUAUAUCUCCCUUUUUUAACCAGAAUAUCAAAUAUCUUAAGAAGAUUGCCCUAGUACAAAGAAUUUUUUUCAUAUUAUGCAUCUUGCAAUCACCUAUUAGCUGCCUUUCUGUCUACUAAAAAUAAAUGAAUAAAAAUAGCCACAUCUUUAGAUUUACUUCAUAAGACGAAGAAGUUCCUUACAGAAGUACUGCACUCAAUUAGCCGAUCUGAUUAACAUUUUGUUGGUUGUUAAUGCAGAAGGAAAUAAAUGACUCUCCAGAAUUACAACUUCAAUGCGGUAUCUUGCAAGAAUCAGCUUUGGUCUUAAUCAACGGAGUUACCCUCUAUUUAACUUAAAGCUAUUGUAGUCUGUCCUAAAAGGAGCAUUUUAAGAAACCCAAUUCAUAUAACUGUAAAUCGCUAAAAAAGUUGUUUCUAUAUUUAGAGCCAUGACAUAAAAUACUAAUCAAAAUUAAAUUAUAUAGUUUGAAAUGUUAUCUGGUUCAUUUUCAAAUUCCAAUUCGUCUUAACAAAACGGUUUUUUAUGUUAAUAAUAUAAUAAAUCAACAAAUGUAAGAGAUAAUAAAAAUAAUAUGUAUACAUAUAUGGGACCAUUAAUCAAAAUUGCUGAAAUGAAAACCAGAUCCAUCAACAAUCUGGAGAAUUGCUAUACUCUGUUUCCAAACUUCCUCUUCUUCUCAUGCCGUCUUCUCAUUGAAGGCGACCACAUUUUUAAAUGUGUCUCUGUCCCUCGCAACACGAUACAAUUCUCCGUCGCUGAGAUUUGUCCAUCCUCUUAUGUUAGGGAACCAGGAUUUUUUCUUCUUGUAAAUGCCUUUUGUUCCCUCUACUCUGUCCUGCAUUAUGUUUUGUAGCAGUAGGUAUUUGUCGUUGCGUAAAAUGUGUCCUAUGUAAGAUGUUUUUCUUAUCUUAAUAAUUGUCAACAACUUUUUCUUCUCCGUUUACAAACUGGAAAGGAUUUACUUAUCAAUUCGGUAGUUUCCUUACAUAAUAAAAAUUCAUUGUCGAUUUUUUUAUAUCGUGUUUAUUAAUUCUAUUCUUCAGUUUGUGGCUCUAUAGUCGUAUACUCCUCAUACUAUAAAAGAGUUUAUUCCAAUUCCAAAACAGAGUACCUACAGCAUCGAAUUUCUUAAUUUUCAUAAUUAUAUAAAUCUUCUGAACUUGCACGAAAUGCACCAUCUAUAUGGUAUCUAUAUGUAAUAAAAUAAAUGGAAAAUAAAGGAUUUGUUCAAAUUGCAUUGGAUAUAAAAUAAAAUUUAUAGAAAACUGCCAUAGCUACAUGUAACAAUGUACGAGUUCUAGGUUAGGAUAGGAUGUUUGUCCAUAAUCAACUUCUAUUUGUAAUAAUGUAAACCCUAUGUGGUAAAAUUAUACUAACAGCUAAUUAAAUAACUGAUUGUUACACUAAAUCUUCACAUUCACAUGAAUUAUUUUCUACUACUUCUCACAAAAUCAUCGUUGUCAUGUGAAAAAUACGAUCUUAAAUUAUGUGUGUGUCAAUCUAAUUCCUAUUAAUUUAUAUAAAAUUCAAAAUGUGAUUUGAUUCGAUUCCACUAUCAACUGCCUUACACCCCUAUUCUGCUCGUAUUUUAGACUUUUUAACACAUGGUUCUACAUGUUAACUUAUACACUUUACUCAAUAGGUUGGAAGAUUUGUUAUAAAUAUCUUAUAUUUGAAUUAUAUCUUAUAUCAACAUUAUUACAUUGAUUAAACUUAUUUAUCAGUA